CUAGUACAAUGAAUUUAUACCUAGAUCGACAUUGGUCCGGAUGAUGAUAUUAAAUUGCCAAAUAAAAAGUCAAGCGAUGAUGUAACAUCAUUCAAUUAAUAUCAAUUUUCAGUGAAGUGUAGCGAACCGUUCUAUUUCGCUUAAAAAAAUUGCGGAAGUUAAAACGAAUUGUCAAAAAAAAAAGGUUUCAUCGAAAGAAUGGCACCGACUUUGGGUUAUUGGAAUAUAAGAGGAAUUGGAAACGUUAUCAAAUUCCUGAUGCAAUACUUGGACAUUGAGUACAAAGACAAAAUUUACAAUGUCACCGAAGAGAAUGAAUGGUUUGACGAAAAAUUUAAUCUUGGACUUGAUUUCCCAAAUCUUCCAUACUACGUAGACGGUGAUUUAAAGCUCACUGAAUCGAAAGUCAUUGUAAAAUACAUUGUUCGUCACAAAGAUCCCGAAGCUAGACUUUAUCCCGACUCAUUGGCUUUGCAAUUGAAAGCGGAUAUCGUAGAGAAUGUUGCUUUUACCGUUCUCUAUGGACUGCUGUUUACUUGCUGGAGAGAUACGGAAGAAGUUCGCGCAGGAAAUAUCAAAAAUCAUGAAAACAUGAUCAAACAACUUUCCGAUUAUUUGGGAACGAAUAACUGGAUUUUGGGUGAAAAGCUGUCGUUCGUCGACUUUUGGAUCUACGAGGCGUUGUAUGCUCAAAAUCAAUUUAAUCCGACAGUACUGGAUGUGUACAGCAAUUUGAAAAAUUUGAUGAAAAACUUUGAAGCACUGCCAGCUAUCGCAAGAUAUAUGAACUCCACCGACUAUAUUAAGACGCCGUGCAAUUCUCCGAAUGCAAACCGGCCAAUUGCUUAGAAUGUAGAGGAAUGACCGUAAUGCCAUAAGUAUUUUAUCAAAUCUGUUUUAUAUGCUCUAACCAUGAUAAAUUGAAGAAUAUUAAAGGAAAUUCGAAGGAAUU